AUGGCACGAAAUAAUGCAGAAAAUAAUCACGAAGAAAUGCUGCGAACUACUAUUCAAUUUGAUACUCAUAUUUGCAGUCUGGUACAACGUAAUGUUAAUGAGUUUUUCAAGCUACGUGAAGAACUUCUUACUAAUACAAACAUACGACGUUUGGCAGGAUUCGAUGAUGUUCUAGCAUCUUUAAUCGAUGGGCCACGUAUUAAACAACUGAAUUCACGUAUUAGUUCGGAUAAAAUUCACAUAGCACUUUGUGGUGAAAAUUCAAGUGGUAAAACAGCAUUUUUACAUACAUUUUUGGGUAUCAGUAAAAUUCUACCGUCUGGUGAUGGCCCUGUUACAGCGCGAAUUACGAAACUGACGUAUGCUCCGGGUGAACAAGCAUGCAUCUGUAUUCGAAAAGCAUUACGAGAUCAAACACUUGCCGAAGACAAAGUGGAUCUGUCGGCUUUUUUUAUUAGCGAAAAGCCUCAAUGGAUUAAUGUCGGACGUGCUCUCUCAAAGCAUGUUAAACGACCAGAAGACAUUGAUUCAGCUUCACAUGAAUUUGCCGAAUGGGCUCGAUGUCUUGUGGAAAUUCAUAUACCAUCACAAACACUUUGUGCAACCGAGGAUAUGGCAAAAUUCAAUGGUAGUAAACCGGAGAUUUGCAGUGGCAAUGUUAAAUCGACUACCUUCAGUAUAUUUACGGGCAACUGGGGAGAUGAAAAAAAUUUAGUUGUGAAAAAACUUAGUCAACCUUUAACUAAUCAGCCGAUGGCAGCUUAUUAUGAAGCACACUAUCAUAGGCAACUGGCCAAAUUAUGUCAUCCAAAUAUUAUUAAUCUUCGUUAUUUUUACGAGCACUAUCUCGAGGAUGGAACGUCCGAAUUAUGGAUGAUCUUUCCACCAUUGACGCAAAGUUUGGCACAAUUUUUACCACGGUGUUCAACAACACUUUCGAUUAAAACGGUUCUCCAAUGGAUGAAUGAUAUUGCUGAUGUACUAAUAACUUUACACGAGAAUGCACUUGUUCAUCGAAACGUCGUAUUAAGCAACAUCCUUCCGUCGGGCAUUGGACCUGUAACCGCACGUAUUGUUCAACUCACUUAUGCACCAGCUGAACAAGCAUUCUUUCGCGUUUACGAAACAAUUGAGAAAGCAUCAGUCCAAUGCGAAGGUGAUUUAUCACAUUUAUUUGAAAAUCAAUUACAACCCGAUUGGGCAGGUGUCACCGAUGUUAUACAACCUCAUGUGAAACGGCCUAGUUAUAUUGAUGAAAAGUCGCCCGAAUUUAAUGAAUGGGCCAAGUGUUUUGUUGAAAUUUCCUUACCAUCGAAAGUCCUCGCAUUAGGUAUUGACAUCUACGAUACGCCCGGUUUCCUUUCGGAUAACCGUGAGCAAGUUUUAACUGAUAAUUUGCAUAAGCUCGUGAAACGUAUUAAACCAACCUUGGUCUUCCUUUACGAAAAUGCUACAAUUAGUGAUACCGAUAAAAAUUGUUUUCUGGCCAUGAAAAAUGCCCUGGGUUCAAUGGAACGUGUAUCGGUAUUUUUCUUGAACACUAAAGCAGAUUGCAUAUCGAUUGCUAAUGAUUAUUACCUUGAUGAUGAUCCAGAAAACGUAACACCCGAUCUCUUCUACGAUAAGCUACGCGAAAAACGGCAACAUUGCUAUGAUCUCCUUCUUCGACGACGCGAAAUGGCUAAUGAAGUUCUUGGUGGCUUGCCUAAGUUGGUUGAUGAGUGUUCAUGUUUUGAUAUUUGCACAGUCCCAGGCGAUUUGGAUUCAUGGGAGGAGUAUUCAAAUUUGAUUAAUACAUCCAGCUUUCAACGUCUAGUCGAAUACGCCGUAAAAGCCUAUUCUGCGCCAACACUAACAUUAGCACGUGAUAUACUUUCUACUAUCGAUGAUUAUUUCGAUAUGACUGUUUCAACAUCCGUUCGUCUACCAAAUCAAUGGAAGGCUCUUCGCGAUGAAGCCAUCGAAUGGGGUCGCAAGUUUUUUGAUGAAUACAAGGAAAUAUUACCUACACUGACUAAUGAUUUAACCACAAACAUUUUAGAUUUACUUGAAAGAUCAAAACAAGAAAUCGUUAAGCAAGCCGCAUUAAUGAUACGUAAUGAUGAUCCUAUUGAUAGACUUCUACAAGACAAUCGUAAAACAAUCAUAGACUAUGUUAGAAUAGCUGUUCAAGAGCAAGUAAUUAAGACAUGUCUUAAUCGAGAACCUGAAAAACGACCGACUGCAAAUAACUUAGUCUCGGAACUAACACAUAUUCAACAUAUGAGUGAACUGAAAUUAUGUAUGGCAUGCGACGAACGAGCUCGAGCAUUACGUUUCGUACCUUGUGGACAUAAAGUUAUGUGCACUCAAUGUUGGGAGACAUGGUGUAGAACAUCGAAUGGUAAUGCUUGCUGCAUUCUCUGCCAAGCAAUUGUCACCAAUUACAAUCACGAUGACAGCAAUGCCACGUUCUACCUGCAGUAACAGGAGAAGAUACCUCUUGAAAACUGCUCCCCAUAUGAUGAUUGUUCGAGUCAUCCGUAUUGCUUCAUUAAGAAAACCAGAAAUCUAUCCCAAAAGAUCUUGCAUGAAGAUAGUCUCUGAAUUCAACCAUUUCUUAUGAUAAUUAUUUUAUGUAUCAUUUAUUUUAAAGCUUGAAAAGAAAAGAAAGAAACAGAGAAAGUUGCCCAUGCAAAUAUGAACUACACAAUGAUACUACCGUACCAUGGUCAUUAGUUAGUUAGUGUGUAUUUCAAAUGAAGUUCUUUUUCUCUUUCUGCAAACUAGUUCCUUCUAAGGUAUCCUUAAAGCACAUGAUUACAAUUGUCCAACGCAUAGAUCAAAGAUAACAGCACCUAGGUUCAAGAAUCUCCGACAUGUUACCGUUGAAAAGACGCUAAUAGAAAUGAUUUUACCGCAGCAUAUAACAUUAUUGUUUAAAUUCGAUAGAAAGAAACAGAAAAUUUCUAUUUUCCAAUUUUAUUUUAUUUUAUUAUAUAUCGACGUUUGGAAGAAUAAAUGGUUAACCUGAAUUUGAUCGAAAAGUUAAAAUGUCGAAAGUAAAAAUGUCGAAAAAAAAAACUUAAAAAUGUCGAAAAUAAAAAUGUCGAACAACAAAAAUGUCGAAUAG